AUGAUGGAGCUUUCCCAACAACCGCCCGGCUCUGAUGCUUUCCCUAGCAACCAACUCCACCUUCGAAAGAAGAUCUACCAUGUCACCAACGUCCAGAUCAUAACUGAUGUUGUGAUGCUUUUCUUGACAUUCGCCUUCUACGGCUAUCUGUUGGUGGUCACUCCAAGUCCGUACGUAAAGAAAGCCUCAACCCCACUCCCGGAGCUACACAACAAAAGUCUUUGGACUAUUUCUCCAACUCAAGUGCUUGUUAGCAAUGCCACAAUCCACGAGGAGUACAACAACCUGGUCAGCAUUCACUUGGUCUCUCCAAUCAUCAGGUCCUUCCUCCUAAUGACCAGUUUUGCCGCGACAUUGAGAACCGUUGAUUUCGAUUUGCCGAUUCCUCAAAGAUUUGGGUUGCUCCAAGUUAAUAUUGCCUUGCGUGCCAUUUCGGGAUUGGUCGAGACCAGCAUGAUCAUCAAAGUCGAGAUCUAUAAACAUUCCAUUGCUACAGCUAUUGUGGUUCCAUCAAUCUUGUACGUAUGGCCAGUCAUUCAGCUUCUCUCUCUUCUCGAUUCCAUCUUCGGCUACUCAAAAAUCAUCAUCUGGAUCAAGAAGUGCGAGCGUUUGGGGCAGGUUGAGCAGAUGGCGAUGGCAUCAAUGGCAGAGACCAAAAAGAUAAUCAAGUUUCAACUGUGUACAGACAUCAUUUUCGGGAUUCUGGCCUCUAUUCUCUACAUUGUUGUUUUCUGGUUCCUAUCCUGCUCCAGACUCCCCUGUCCGCCGCCAACAUCUUCUUGUGAAAAUUCGAACCAUAAUCAAAGUUUUGUGACUGCUUCCCGGGAUCGUACUACUAUCAUCGACCUCAAACAAAAUGUACUAUUCUUCUAUCAACCUUCAAUGACCUUGAGAGCAAUCUUCAUAGCCACUAAUGGGCUCCUGUUCGGAUUUUUUGAAGAUCUCAAAAACCAAAGAAAUCGAAUGGCUCGUUCGGUGAUUCGCUUCAUUACCAUCUCUCGUUUUCUUUCUGGAUUAUUGGAUUUGUUCAUGAUUUCGAGGGUACAGUACCUCCUCAAUUCUCUUCCGGCGACUCUUCCUUGGAUUCUGUUCGCAUGGCCUUUGGCACAGUUUUUCUAUGUACUCGAUUCCGUAUGGGGAUACAAAAAAGUGAUUGGUGUGCUGCUGAAAUGUGAGCGGUUUGAGGAUAUUGAGCAAAUGGCAAUAGAAAAUAUGAACGAUGGAUAG